UUCCCAAGAUGCUGUCGACAACACGAGUUCAGGGAAUCCUAACUGCUGCCUGCAGAUCUCAUUCCAUGCGGAAUGUGGCUCGGGCACUGUGGACCGGGAAGGAUUCCCUCGCGGAGGACGACCCUGACAUGAUGGCUAUUAUAAAGAGAGAGAAGGUCCGACAGGUCAGCGGCUUGGAGCUGAUUGCAUCAGAGAACUUUGCCAGUCGAGCAGUAAUGGAGGCCCUGGGUUCCUGUCUCACAAACAAGUACUCUGAAGGAUACCCUGGAGCUCGGUACUAUGGUGGGAAUCAGUUCAUUGAUGAGGUUGAGAGACUCUGUCAACAAAGGGCACUGGAAGUAUUCCGUCUCGAUCCAGAACAGUGGGGUGUCAACGUCCAGCCGUACUCUGGUAGUCCAGCCAAUUUUGAGGUGUUUACUGGAGUCCUGAAGCCACAUGACCGUAUAAUGGGACUUGAUCUGCCAGACGGUGGACAUUUGACCCAUGGUUUCCAGACUGACACUAAAAGAAUUUCUGCCACCUCUAUCUACUUUGAAUCCAUGCCUUACAGAAUUAAUCCACAAACUGGUUACAUAGAUUACGAAAAAAUGAGGGAGACUGCAAAACUCUUCCGGCCAAAAUUAAUCGUAGCUGGUACUACAGCCUACUCUAGACUGCUGAACUAUCAGGCAUACCGAGAGAUUUGUGAUGAAGUGAACGCCAUCAUGUUGGCGGACAUGGCCCACAUUUCUGGCCUGGUAGCAGCGCAUAUAAUUCCCAGUCCUUUUGAGUAUGCAGAUAUAGUGACAUCUACUACCCAUAAAACACUGCGGGGACCGAGGUCUGGAAUCAUUUUCUAUCGUAAGGGAGUGAAAGGCGUAGAUAAGAAGGGAAAUGAGAUUAAGUAUGACCUGGAGAAGAAGAUAAACAACGCUGUGUUCCCGUCUCUCCAGGGAGGGCCUCACCAACACCAGAUAGCUGCUGUAGCAGUAGCACUAAAACAGGCCCUGAGCCCAGAAUUCAAGGACUACCAACUGCAAGUUGUCAAAAAUGCACAAACGAUGGCCAAGGCGUUGAUGAACAAGGGAUAUGAUGUCUUAACUGGAGGAACUGACAACCAUCUGAUCUUACUGGACUUAAAGCCAAACGGUACAGAUGGAACACGUGUAGAGAGAAUCUUAGAGUUGGUUGAGAUUUCCGUCAACAAGAAUACGACGGCUGGAGAUAAAAGUCCUUUUACUCCCGGUGGCCUUAGAAUAGGAACCCCUGCCAUGACCUCAAGGGGGAUGAAGGAAGCUGACUUUGAGAAAGUCGUGGAUUUAUUAGACCGUGGUGUUCAAAUAGCAAAGGAAGCUCAGAAAAAUACAAAGACCAUCAAGGAUUUCAAGGCGUUUGUUGAUAGCGAUGCUGGUAUUCAAUCACAGAUAGCCGCGCUUCGUAAUGAAGUUGAGGAUUUCGCAAAGAGUUUCUCAAUGCCCGGAUUGGAGGAGCGAUAGAUCGUGAUAACUCCUGAUCUGACUUCAUGACUUUCAAGUUCUAGAUUCAUUUCACCACAAGGAAAAUCUCUGAAUUAAUCUGACAAUUUCCUCUCCUUCUUAUGGUUUUAGUUUUUGACAUUGAAAAAACUAGUUUUGAAAUUUCAAUGAGCUGUUUAAAGUAUAACUUUGAAAUUUUACCUGGUUGAUGUGUAUUAAAUUCUUGUAUCGUUGUUUUAUCCUUGUAGUCGCUGAAACACUGAUGUCACUCAAAACUUUACAACUUUGUCUGUGAAGCCAUUUUAAUUCAUAUCAAAAUGUGAAAAUGUUACUAUCAUUUUUCUGUGCAUCCUUUUCAAUGUUGCAAAGGUUCCUUAAUCAGUAUUUUUGGGAUAAUAAAAAGACUGGUAUAAAAUUUAAUUGAUCGUGUUCUUAUAGGAAAAGAUAAUAAUGUUCUGUUAUCAGUAAUGAUUGAAAGUAAAACACAUUGAGGGCAGAAUUAUCAUUGAUAAUGAGUAUCAGAUGUCCUAUUAUUUUAAAUGAUGACUCAGGUAGAUUACUGAGGUGUUCAUCAGUUAAUAAUGAUGUUAAUUUUGUAGUAAACUUUGUCACACAUGUGCAAUUUAUAUUUUAAAAUCAAUUAUCUUUUUAUUGGUAUUUAUUUUAGUUAUCUCCACAAAGUGAAAAAGUGACAGUUUAUUAAAGUAUCAAUGCAUUUCUGAGCAGGAAAUGAUGAGGAAGUGUUAUUUUUAUCAUCUGAAUUCUAAAGAUAUUGUUUCUUUCUUUUUUUUUUUACAAAUUGAGAUUUUUAUAUGUUGAGAUUGUUUACGAUUUGUAUUGGAAAGUAGAAAUUUCGAUUUCAUUUUUUUUUUUUUUUUUUGUAUCUUUUAAUUUUAAUUAUGAAUCUUAUCAUUUUAAGUAAAAUGUAUACUUAGGUUUUUAGUCUGCUUAUGUCUCCUAUUUCAGGAUUUAAAAAUCUUUUUAAUCUUCUGGUCAAGAUUAUUGAAACCGGUACAAUUGUAGUAUGGCGAUAGUUUGAUACAUGAUAUUGGGUCAUUAAUACAUUAUAUAGUGCUUUAUUAGGGUCUUCAUCUGGCGUUUGACCUGAUUACUUAAACUUUUGUUUACAUUUCUUUGACAGAAAAUAAUAUUUCGUAGGAUGUCUCAUUUCAAGCUGUAUAUGGUGAUAUGAUCCUUUAUUCACACUUUUAUGAAAGUAUUGCUGCUUAAACAUAUUGCUCUCUGAAGGUUUGAGUUGGGGCCAUUUAGAAAAUGUUAUUCAUUGUGCCAUUUUCUCCUGUGAUGAUUUGCGAUAUUUACCAGGACACUGUGAUUCUGAUUUCGGGUCGAAAGUUAUAGAAUUUCUACAAUAACUGUGCAUAACAUAUCUACAAAUCUAUUAUGUUUCUAAGGAGUCUGGAAAAAUAUGUUAAAUUAAUCUUAAGUAAUUUAUACAUUGUUGAAAUUUUUUUUCUGUUUUAAAGAUAAACAAUUAAAUUAGUGAUCUGUGUAAUGAUUGGAAAAUAAUGUUCUGUCUGUAGGAAAUAUAUUUGAAUCUCUGACGUUUUAAUUUAUGGAUCUUUUACAUGUUAUUGAUUGGUCUUGUCGGCAGGGUUCGCAUUUUAGCAACGGCUUCAUUUGGUGAAUAGAUCUGAGGAAAAGAUUGGAUAUUUUUAAUCUUUUCCAGCAUCAAUAAUAACAAACUGCUUUGUAUUUCUUUUCCCUCAAUGGUGUUGAAUUAUCAUCGAAUCAUAACUAUCUGUAAAAUGUUUGAAAACAUCUGAUUAAAAUAUAUUGAAAGUU